CUUCCCCAGCGAUAUCGAUGACUGGAUUAAGUUUGCAAUGGAAAAGGGUGUUCAAAGGUUUGAAUUGGAUGUGAUGGCCGGCGGGUUACCCUUUCCUUGGCUUAAAUUUUACAACUUUCCAAGCCUGGAAAGCUUCAAAUUCUUAUUUAGGACUUCAAACAGUCAUCAUGUGUCACGGACUAUUGGUUUCACAGAUGGUUUUUGCUCCCUAACCACCCUUCGUUUGGUUGGUGUUAAUAUCAUGGAUGAGGUGCUUGAGCAUUUCCUAUCCAUCUGUGUGUUUCUUGAACAAUUAUGCAUCGUGGGAUCAACGUCUCUAGUGAAUCUAAAAAUUGCUGGCCCAUCUCUCAAAUUGAAGCACUUAGAGUUAUCUCAAUGUCACUCUUUGGAAAAACCUAAAAUUUCUGCAAUUAAUCUUGUUUCAUUCACCUACUUUGGACGGGAUAUAAGUGUGCCUUUUAAAAACGUCCCUCUUCUAUCUGAGCUAUCUAUUGGGGGACGUUUCUGUUCAUCCUUUGUUUUUGAAUCUUACAAGCAUUCCAGCUAUAUUGCUCAAAUAGAAAAGCUCAAGUUACAAGUGUUUGUUGAGGACUUCAAUCGGUUUCCCAAGUAUUUUCGUGCGCGAGGUAAUCUCAAGGAAGUGGAAUUGUUUGUCAUGGGAAAUGAAAAUGAUAGCCUUCUCAGUUUAACUUCUGUGAUUAAGGCGGCUCCUAAAUUGUCUAAGUUUACUGUUGAGUUGAUGCUGAGUGCGAAUGAUAAACGGGUAAGACGGGCUGAUCAAAUUGCAGCUAUAAAUGCUGAAAAAGAGGCGACUAAAUGUCAUUAUCAAUGCCUUAAGGUGGUGGAAUUGGUUGAUUUUGGUGGGCGUAGCUGCAGCGAAGUUGAGCUUGUUCUCCACAUACUAGUGGUUGCGGCAUCACUAAAGAAAAUAAUUAUUCAUCCUUUUCCUUUUUUAGAAUAUAAAGAAGUUCCACCAAUAAGAGCCAAGUUGAUAGAAGAUGUCAGAGAGCGUGCCUGGCAGAUAAAAACAAUAUUACCCAAAACCAUUGAAUUAGUGGUUCCUUUAGUUAAAUAAGUACUCCCAGUGUAACAAUUGUAGUGAUUAUUUACCUAUUCUGUUCAUGUUAACUUUAUAUAUAUGUGCUAAUGACAAGUUUUAUAAUUGGGUUGGUAAAGUUUACCAUAAAUUGGGAAUGAUGUUCAACGAACCAAAUCGUAUUGGUGGUAUUAUUUAUUUU